GUGGUAAAUGGAUCUAAGACUAAUGACUACCAGAAAAGCUCAUCACACUCAAUUUAUGUCUAAUUGUAUUUCCUAGACAUGGACAAUGAUGUCGUUGAUUUAAUUUAUGAAGAGGACCCAAUUUGUUUUGUUCCGUUUUAUGACGUGGUGGACGGUUUUUGGUACGUUCCGUAUUUAUUGGAAGGCGGAGUGGCCUUACCGGAAGUGGCACUGGAUAACCAGGAAGUAAACACAAUGCCGGUCAGUGCAGAGACCAGCGAGCAGGAUGCUCAGACUGAGGAGUGGACGCAAGAAAAAGGCGUCAACACCAACGAGAGCUGGGAACAUCUCAUGCGUGUCCUGGUGGAACAGAAAGACGAGCUGACGGAGGAAUGCAGGUCUCUGGAGGAACAGCAGGUUGCCGAAGAGGCCGAGUACAAGAGCCAGGUGGAGCGUUUAGAGAAGAUGAGAGACGACAAGCGGCGACAGCAUCGGGCUCUUAUAGACAAGAUCGAGUCUGUGCAAGUGAAACUGGAACUGAACAGCAGCAAAACCACGCGCAAAAACUUCACAGCCAAAGUGGAGGAGCUCACGGCCGAGAGGGACCACAAACUGGAGGUGAAGAGAAGGAUGAUUCAGGAGCUGGAGGAGGCUGAGGGGAAACUGAAGACGCUGACAGAAGAACAGAGAAAUGAAAAGAUUACUUGUGAACAGGAGAUUGCAGCGUUGCAGCAGGAGCUGGAGAGACUCAGCAGACAAGCUGAAGAAUCCAAUCAGGCAGCUCUAAAAGAUGAGAUCGCUGCUUUAGAGUCUCAAAGGGAGCUUGCAGUCUCUCAGGUAGAAGACUGGAUGGCAGAAGCUAAAAGAUACUUUAAAAUUCUCAGGUCAGACGCUUCACCUCAGAGCAGCCGAUCUCGACUCGAAUGGGAGAAAAAUGUGGAAAUGGUUCGUAACAGCUUGGGCAAACUGCAGUUUGUGUAUAAUGAAAACCUGAAGCAGCUUCACAAGGGGCAACAGCUCGACACUUUACCCAAAAUCCCCCUUCCACCUCUCCCUCACAUACCCAUGAUCGAUUUGUUGAAUUUCACCCCGUACACUACGAUCCAUCCUCCCCCCCCACAGUCUCAGUUCCACCCCACCCACAGAACUACCCCCCCUCCAAUUUCCACGUCAAACCCAGCUGCCCCCAUGUCCCACACUUUCGAACAGUACAAUCCGGUGCCCAGGCUGGCUACGCCCACCCCCAUCCGCGGCCCCACAUUGCCCUACACUUACCCUUCAUACACCUUACCGUACACCGCCACCCCUACAGUCCCGGUGAACGCCCCGGUGAGUCUCGCAGCAGCAGUCGGACCGUCUCAUGGGGCUGGACAAGUAUCCUCUGGAAGAAACCCCGUCCCCCAGGCGCUUCCGUCACACCCACAACCUGCAGGCAAGCUGGACAAGCUGCUGGAGAAACUGGGCACGCAGUUCCCACAAUGCACCAGAACUCAGAUAAUGGCAGUGUUGCAGCAGGUUAAGAGCGAGCGGGGCACUAUGGCUGGCAUGUCUAUAGAGGACAUCAAACAACAAGUGGAACAGAGACUGGUGCAAAAUGAACGUCCUCCUCCAGGCCCCAUAGCGCCUCCUGCCGGCUCCAGACACACACACCGGGGUCCUUCCCCGCCUCUGCUGUCCACGCGUCCCCCUGUCCAUGCACCCAGACCUCAUGUCUUCCCGCCUCGUGGCCCACAGGCAGCUCCACCAGUGCGUAAACUGUGUCUAAUGUGUCAGAACCACGUUGAACCCGGAACCCAGUACAACACGAACUGCGCUCAUGCUCUACACAAAGAGUGCAUAAGUGUGUGGCUUCAGUCCAGCAAAAACAACUCCUGUCCUUUCUGUCCCACCAAAUAAACCCGUCUGGGACGUCCUUUCACAUCACAUGACCACAUCACACGAUGCGCGCCAGGUCAGGUGAUCGAGAUGGUUCAUCAUUAAAACAGAGGACUGCUGGGACUUUUUAAAUUUUUCAUUUAUUUUUGUUUUUUUUAUGAAUUUAAUUAUUAGUUAAACGUUCCAAUACUGCAGACGGUUCUGUUUAAUUCAAUUGUCUAUUUUCUAAUAAAUGAGAAUUUAAUGUU